AUGGGUGAGGCAUCUUCAUUUGUUGCGGUGCGUCUGAUGCGGAUCAUUCCCAUUGCCGCCAUCAUCCUAGCUUCUUUCUACAUCUUCAGUACCUGCUUUUCCGCUUUCCAGGCCACAGACGUCCCUACCCCCGAAGAAUGGAAGAAACACGAUGUAGUCAUGGAAGAGGAAGAGACUCCAGAAACCAUAACUGUCACUCUUACAGGUUACCCUGAUUCUACUCCUACUCCUCAUGUCCUCACUAUCGCAGAGAUCGAAGAGCUCGAGAACAAGGGAGAUAUCUCGGGCUUUUCGGAUGAAGACGAAGACGAAGAGGAUAUAUACAUUAAUCUGGACGAUGAGGAUGAUUGGACUGAGGAGGGUCUUCGGAAGGAAAUGGCUGUUGGAGAGGGUGAGGAAUUUCCUAGUGAGAAUGAUGAAGGCGACGAAGGGGUAGAUAAGGACGACAAUGACGAUGGUGUCGACUGGUCGCGCUUUGCCUACAUUCAAUAUGUCACCAACGAGGAUUAUCUUUGUAACUCAAUUAUGAUCUUUGAGGCGUUGCAUCGUCUGGGUAGCAAGGCCGAUCGUCUACUGAUGUACCCCAAGGAGAUGCUCGCGCCACAUGCCCCCUACUCAAAAACACACAGUGGUCAACUCCUAAUCAGAGCUCGCGAUGAGUAUAACGUUACUCUCCAGCCAAUUGAGAUUCAACAUCGCGACGGACAAGACGAAACAUGGGCCGACUCCUUCACCAAGCUCCUCGCUUUUAACCAGACCCAAUAUGACAGAGUUCUCUCCCUCGACUCAGACAGCACAGUCCUCCAACAUAUGGACGAGCUCUUCCAACUGCCUCCUUGUCCUGUCGCCAUGCCCCGCGCGUACUGGCUCUACAACGAGAACCCUCCCAAGAAGAUCCUUUCCUCGCAGCUCAUGCUCAUCCAGCCCGACGACAUCGAAUUCGAGCGCAUCGUGCAAAAAAUGAACAGCAUCGGCCCCAACGACUACGACAUGGAGAUCGUGAAUAGCCUAUACCUUGACAGCGCUCUCAUCCUGCCCCAUCGCAAGUACGACAUGCUCACGGCGGAGUUCAGAAACAAGGAUCAUACUGCGUACUUGGGCAGUGAGCGCGAGGAGUGGAACUCUACUGCCGUACUUGAAGAGGCCAAGUUUGUGCACUUUUCGGAUUGGCCUGUUCCGAAGCCAUGGAUUCAUGAUCCUGAGGUUAGAAUGCACAAUCAGCCUGACUGUCCGGAUGGGGAGAUAAGUUGUCCAGAUAGGGAUAUCUGGAACGGGUUCUACACUGACUUUGCGGAUAGUAAAGAGAGAGUUUGUGAAUCUGUGGGCAAAUCUGGAAAAUGGAUCAACUGGAAAACAAGGUAG